AUGACUAAUUUAAAAAUAUUAAUAUUAUUUAUUCUUUAUUUAUUUAUUGUAAAUGCAAAAAUUAAUGGCAAGAGAGGCGAUGAAAAUUUUAAUAACAUUCAACCUGAUUCGAAUGAAAAUUUAUCUAAUUUAGGAAUUAAUUCCGGAAAAAACGGAGGCAAUAAAAAACUUGGUAAAAAUAAUAAAAACCGAAACAAUCAAAAAGAAGAAAAUAAAGAAUUGGACUUACAAAGUGAAGAUGGCUCUGUUAGUGAUCAAAUACCUUCAAGUAAUUUUGGUGAUACUGAAAGUGUUGAUGAAAAAGUAGGAGAGGCUGGAAGUAAAGGAAGAAGAAAAGGAAUGAUAGAUAAGAAUGAUUUUGGAGGAAAAAAUCAGAAAAGAAGAAAUGAGGAUUCCGAAAGCCUUAAUGAGCCGAAUCAAGGAAGAAUAAAUCAAAAUGAUUACGACAGGGAUGGCGAUUCAAAAGGAGUCUCAGAUAGCGGAACGUUAAAUGUGGAAAAUAAUGAACAAAAAUUUAAUGAUGAUCUUCUGCCAGAAUUUUUGAAAAUGGCCACAAUUCCAGAACGACAAAAAUUUCUUCAACUUGAAGCAGAAACAGACAGAUCCAAAUCAUCUAUAAGGAAAGAUAAACAAAAUUGGGCUGAUCGACAAGGAAAAAUAAUUUCUGAUCUUUAUAAAAAAUUUGAACAAUCAUUACAACAAAAAGAACAACAAUUUAGAAUAGAAAGGCAACGAAUUGCUCAAACUAAGCUAAGCAGAAAUGCACAGGACGUUGAUAGUCGAAUUCAGGUGCUUAUUUUUUUUGUUUAA